AAGAGGUUACUGCAAUUAUAUUUUGCAGUGACUUGAUGUUGAACAAACUUUUUACACCUCAAGUGCAUAGAUAAACUAUUUCUUCUUUAAAAUUUAUAAGCUAUGCCAACUCAAAACUCUCCUGCCUCUUUCUCCCAUCAAACUUCCGAAAUAAAUGCAUGGUAAAUAUGUCCUUCGUUAAUAGUAAAUCAAUCAAUGAAUAUUCAUCUUCUUCCCUCUCUUUUUCUUUUCUCCCUCUCUCACACACAUCCCUGAUUCAAAGGAAGGAAGCCAACGCCAUAGGAGACUAGACAAACGCUCCAUAUUUAACUACACUUAUGUACAGGGCAAAAAGGAAAUGGGAACAUAUAGAUCAGAGGAGGAUUAUGAUUACUUAUUCAAGGUGGUGCUCAUAGGGGAUUCUGGUGUUGGCAAAUCGAAUUUGCUAUCGCGCUUUACUAAAAACGAAUUCAGCCAGCAAUCUAAGUCCACCAUCGGCGUCGAAUUCGCCACUCGUACCAUUCAUGUUGAUGACAAAAUUGUCAAAGCCCAGAUUUGGGACACUGCUGGCCAAGAGAGGUACCGGGCCAUCACAAGUGCUUAUUAUAGAGGAGCUGUUGGUGCUUUACUUGUUUACGAUAUUACUCGCCACGUAACAUUUGAGAACGUAGCGAGAUGGCUCAAGGAGCUCAGAGAUCACACGGACCAGAACAUCGUCGUCAUGGUAGUAGGGAACAAGGCAGAUCUCCGCCACCUCCGUGCGGUCCCCGCUAAUGAGUCGAAGGGUUUUGCGGAAAGGGAGAGGACCUUCUUCAUGGAAACAUCUGCUCUUGAGGCGUUGAACGUUGAAAACGCGUUUACAGAAGUGUUGACUCAGAUUUACCGGGUGGUUAGCAAGAAGGCUCUUGAUGCAGGAGACGAUCCAACAUCUUUGCCUGCAGGACAAACGAUCAACAUCGGAAACUAUGUAUCUGCUAUUAAGAAGGGCGGAUGUUGUUCCAGUUGA